AUGAGCGACUAUGGUCCAUUAGGUAUUACUAACUUUAUUACCCCAUAUGAUUUAUGUAUAUUGAUCCUAGUGCAUGUUCAUUGUUCGCAAGAUAAUGGUAUCGCAGUACCGACAGAAGUAUUUCUUCGACUGAUAUCACCCACGAGGCCUUCGGUAGAAUGGAAUCCCAUGCUCAAGGAUAAUAGUAAUUUGCGGCCCGCAUCUGCUGUUCCAUCUCCUAUCCUUCCUAUACUGGAGCACGUAAUAAGAAUACUCCUGGAUGAUAAGGAUGGCAACAGCAUGGCUUUGACGCUGAUGGGCUAUUUGGAGGCAAUUAAUGGUCUAGACUCGAUUAACAGGUUGAUGAUGGAUUUAGAGAGGAAUUGUUUGGUCAGUAAUUAUAGGUCCAUUAAAAUGCGCACAACGGUAACAAGAAGACAAAUUGCAAAGGCAAGUUUUUUGGGUACAUUUUUAUCAACUUGUUUACGUAAGUAUCAAUUUGGUGAUUUUGAAAUGAGGGAGACGAUCUGGAUAAAUUUACAAAGUUUCAAGACGGUUUUUAAACAGACUGCGCUAUGGCUACAAAUUAAGGACAAUAUUCACAUUGAAAAGGUAAAGAAAUGUCUUCUGGCCAAUGAUGAAACUUCUGUGGAGGAUCAACAGAUGAUGGAAUUCUUCCAGCACUUUGAUGAUUGUAAUGGUGACAAUUCAAAAACAAUGAACGAGGAUAUUCAUGGGAGUUUGAUUUCUAUCCAACAUUUACAAUCAAUAGUUAACUGGCAAAUCGUGAAUUGGUUGGACAAUACGGAGAGUAAUGAUCGAAGUGGUAAAGAAGGUGAUUCUACGUCAUAUAGAGAACCAUAUCAGCUCGUUUCCGAUUUGUUAGAUACACUUUCGUUGAACGAUGCCACAAAAUUUCCAUUGGUUUUCAUCUUAAAAUAUCUGGAAGCUAUUGGGGAGAACAGUUAUCAGACCGCUUUAGACUCGCUACACAAUUAUUUCGAUUACAAAUCUACGGGUAAUUCACAGAACUACUUCCAUAUUUCUUUGCUGUGUCUUGCGACUUUUCACUCAAGCUUUAACGAGUGUGAUGCAGCCAUAAAUUCCUUUGAAGAAGCCACGAGAAUUGCAAGGGAGAAUAAGGACAUGGAAACGUUGAAUUUGAUCAUGAUUUGGAUAGUAAAUUUCAUAGAGGUACAUCCGGAAUAUGCCAAUAGAUUCUACAUUACUGUGGAACAGAUCAUAAAAUAUCUAAAAAAUAGUUCGGACGUAGAAGAUGCCAAUAUUUUCAGUAAUGCUUAUAAGUUUGAGACAUUGUUGCUCAUGGUAAAGGAAUCCAGAACCAUUGAUGUUUCUAAUUCACUCCUAAAAUUUAUGGCUAUGACAUUGCAGAAUGUGCCGUCUCAAAAUAUCGAUCUGUUUCAAAGCCUUGUUGGCUAUGAAAUCGAAUUUUGGAAAGAACUGGGAUAUGUAUCCAUAUCCAAUGUCUAUGAGAAAUUUCUGGUUCAAACAUCCUCUUCCUCAUUAAGAAACCAUGACUGUACUGUUAUUAAUCUUGAAAUAGAAGCAGCUUUCGAAGCACUUGAGAAGGAUGACUUUUCAAAAGUUAAACAAUGCCUCCGGAAAUCAGAAUCACUCAAAUUAGACUAUGACCAGAAGAUAAACUUGAAGUACUUGAGAGUAAAGUACUUGAUUCGAAUAGGUGAUUAUGAUCAAAGUAUGCAAAUGAUUAAUCAAUAUAUCAAAGAAUGCUGUGAGGAUGUAAUGGAUUCAAAUUGGAAAUUCAAGUUUGAAAUGGAAAGUAUAGAAAUUUUACUUUUGAAUAAUGUAGGAAUAAGGGGUUUACCGAAGAUAAUGCAACUGGUUGAUAAAUAUAAAGAGAUAGGAAACCCUUUACGGUGUGUUAUAUUGCUGAUUAAAUUGUGUGAUAUUUUGAUCCAGGUAGGGAGAAAUGCGGAGGCUGAAUGCUUGAUGAACUGCAACUUGCCCACCCUAUUAGAGUUCCCGGUUGUAAGAAAAAAAACAAAUGAACUGUUAAAGUUCUUCAGUAUAGAAGAAGACAAGGACGUUCAGAUGACUUGA